UUCAUGGCGAGGACUUGGACGAUUCGUCGACGGCUUGUCGGAUCCUACCACAAUAUGAUUGGUCCUUUUUCCAGGUAUCCUUCUUCCUAACGAGUUACUUGCUGCCAUUGACGUUGAUAUGCGUCUUUUAUGUCUGUAUGCUUGUCAGACUAUGGCGUGGUGCUCGUGUGAGUGCCGAGAGUCGACGAGGAAGAAGAAGAGUGACUCGUUUAGUUCUCGUCGUUGUAGGCGUUUUCGCUAUAUGUUGGUGUCCGAUCCAGGUGAUAUUAGUUACGAAGUCUUUAGAGGCGUAUCCUUUAAAAUCGGCGACGAUUAUGGUCCAGAUAGCGAGUCACAUUCUGGCGUAUACCAAUAGCUGCGUCAACCCUAUCCUUUACGCUUUUCUCAGCGAUAAUUUCCGAAAGGCCUUUCGGAAGAUCAUCUAUUGCAGGCCACGACAAGAUCCACAAAGAUCGGGUCCAUCUACAAAAACUACAAGAGCCGCUAGCACCGGUGACAUCCUAUGAGUAUUAUAUCCACAUUCAUCGAUGUGAUUGAUCCUGAAUAGAAUGGGUAUUGAACAUUUCUGUAUAAUUGAAGAAAAUGAAAUUAGAAAGAAUUACACAUCUACACAUACGCACAUACACAGAACCAGUCCUAAACAACAAACAUACACACAUAAAACAAAGAAUAUAUUUGAUGGUUUGUGUUUUAACGUUGUACAAAAGGAAUGUAUUAUACGAGUGGAAUGAUUUCAUGGCGCUCAAUUCGACUAACGAAGUUACUAAAGGUGCCGCAAAUUAGAUAUAGAAGUGUAAAAUACGUACACUAUAUACAUAUGAAAGAAUAUGAAUUAAAAAUAUUUCCAUUUAAAUAAUGAAUCGAAACUUUAUGAUGUUUCGGUUCUUUCUUUUUUAUUUAUUUAUUUUUUUUUUUUUAAAUAAAUAAAAACAGCGAGAUUCAAGAUACUAUAGUCAAUGAAGUUGUACAUGCAAGAGUGAGAUAAAUAAUAAAAAUAUAUAGUAUAAUUUUAAAUAAGACUAAUAAGCUUAAUGAUAAAACUUUACCAGAUCCAUCGAAUAUCGACAGUUAGCGACACGAAAUCCUUCCGCCGUUUUAAAAUUAAUAUUGUUUAAAAAUGUAAAUAUCUCUUGUAAAAAAAGGAAAGAAAGGAAAAGAUGGAGAAAAAGGUAAAUUGUUAAAUUAAGAUAAGAUAAGAUAAGAUAAGAUAAUUACAUUUACGAUAUUAUCGAAGACUAUUAAGAUUUCGAGACGUGUUAAUUAAAUGAGCCCUUUUAAAUAUUACAUUAUUAUUAAUAAUAUUGACUGAUUGUAAACGAGCUAACUGAACGAGCUUUCGAUAAAAUUAUAUAUAUAUAUAUAUAUAUAUAUAUAUAUAUAUAUAUAUAAUUUAUUUAUCGUUUAAAAUAAAUAAACUGUGUGUACACGAAAAGAAAACGACCAAAACUAUGGAAGAUCGCGGAUGAAUAAAAAAAAAAAAGGGUGAGUCGUUUUCUUUUCGAAAAACUCUAAUAUUUUAUCGUAAGUUUAAUGGAAGAAUAAAUUAAAAGAAAAUCGAUCGACGACGAUUGUAUAGUGUAUUAUUAAUGAAGAGAAAUAAAAUUUCUGUCAAUAUAUAAUAAUUCGUAAUUAAAUGAUUUUUUAUAAUUAAGAUUAUAACCGAGAAUUACGUUCGUUUUAUUUAUAAAAAUUGGUUAUCAAUCCCUAUAUCAUUUCUUCGAUAGAAUUUUCGAAAAUGAGAUUUUAAAAGGAACGUUUACGAUUUUAUUGUGAUAAAUGAAGAGGAGAAUCUCGUCGAUGAUUCGAAGAACGUGUCUUUUUGGGAACAAAAUCGAUCGUUAAUUAGCUAUAAUUUCGUUGAUGAAACAGAGAGAUAAGAGCUUUUUCCCUAAUGAAACUAUGCUAGCGAGAAAGCGAAAUAAAGGAUAUAUUGAUAACAAACGAAUUAGUUGCUCUUUUGAGAAAAUUAAUGUUCCGGAAAAACGAAGCUCAAGAUUUUUCUUCUUUUAUUUAUUAUAUCUUUUCUCUCCUGUUAUACCUUUUGUUGGAAUUUGAUUUUGAAUAAUGAUUUUAAUAAUUUCUGGUAAAAGCCAGUCAUGCAUGGAAUUUAAAUAAAUACAUACAUAUAAACACAAUUUAAAUUAAAAUGUGGAUUUAAUAUUAUAAAUUUUAAAUAUUACAUGAUUUAAAUUAAAAUGAUUUAA